AUGCUCAAUCAUCUUACCUUUCAAGGAUUAUUAUGCUCUCAAAUCAAACUUAAAUGUGAGCCAGCAUAUGAAGAUAAUGGUCAAACCCUCGUAAUUUCUUCAAGUUCCGAUCUAACUGAUGAAAUUUUACUGAGUAUUGUAACAACCAAGAACAUUCAAAAACUCGCAAUCAGGAUUUCGGAUUUUACUGAUCUAACCAGUCUUUCUGCUUUUAAUCACAUUCAAAAUUUUGAUUUUUCACAAACUUCGAUAACUCAAAUUCCUCCUAAUUGUUUUAAAGGCUUAAAAAACAUCAAGAAUAUAGUUCUUACAAGCAGUGCAACAAGUAUUAGAGCUUAUGCCUUCGCAAGUUCUUCAAUCGAAUCUGUCACUGCUUCUCAAAUUGUUUCUAUUGAUGAUCAUGCAUUUUACCAAUGUUCAAAUCUUGCAACAAUUGAUUUGUCACAUGCUCAACAUAUAAAAGACUUUGCAUUUACAGAAUCAGGUUUAACAUCAGCUACACUUGAUUCACUACAAGAAUUAACAUAUGCAUUCUACAAAUGUGAGAAAUUAACAACUGUUACUCUUCCUGAAACAAUAGAAGUGAAUUCUCAACUAGAUUCAACAUCAAUCAAAACGAUCACAUUAUUUAACAUUGGAUAUAAAUUCUACAUAGAUUCUCUUGUAGAAUUAACAUUGACUGGUACUGAAAUCUACUUUGGAUAUUCAUUACCAAAACUAGAAAAAGUUAAGCUUACAAAUCCAGAUUUAUUUAGUGUAUCAAUAACAGAGCAAAUGGUAUUGCACACCAUAGAAUUACCUGAAUCAAAUAUAUUGUCUGCUUGUUUCACAUUGAACCCUAAAUUAAAGACAGUUACAAAUGGUCAAUCGAUUCGUUCUCUUGCAACUGAUGCUUUCGCUAGUUGCACAUCUCUUGAAACAAUUGAUUUAUCUAAUGUUGAUCAAUUCGAAACAGAUAUAUUCUUAAAUUGUUACAGUCUUAAAACAAUUCAUGGUUUCAAUGAUGUCGAGUCAUCUCAAAUAGUAUUGAAAGGUGCACCAUUUAAAUUUUGUUGGAAUUUAAAGAUUACUGAAAUUUCUGAAGGAAAAUUUAAUUUUUUUUAUGAUCAGUAUAUUAUGAAUAACCCAAUUAGUAAUGCAUUCGCAUACACUGGUAUUGAAGAUUUAACAAUCAAAUAUUAUCCAGAAACUGGUCUUUAUUUCUAUGGAUGCAAAAAUUUGAAAAGAGUUGAUAUGUCUCAAUUAACUGGAAAAACAUAUCUUCCAAAGUAUAUGUUUAGAGAUUGUAUAAACCUUGAUACUGUUAUAUUCCCAGAUGAAGUUACAAGUAUUCAUUAUUUCGCUUUCGAAAACACAAAACUAACAACAUUAAAUCUUAAAAAUAUCAAGUUUAUUGGAGUUUUCGGAUUUUCGAAUUGUAAUGUCCAAGAAUUGACAAUGAAUUACAAUUUCAAAAUAGCGGACUCUGGUGGUUUUAUUGAUGAAUGUGUUGAAAGGCCCGAUAAAAUGGAAAAUUAUGAUUAUUUGGAAUAUGAAAAAAUGAUAAAUUAUGAGAGAAUAAAUGAUGGUAAUGAUUAUCCAAAUGAGCAUAUGCGCCACUAUGUAACUCCUUUCUGGAAUUGCAAGAUGUUGAGAAAGAUAACAUUGGGAAGCGAAGUUACAUCAUUUUCACUUAAAUAUUUCCCUAAUUCAACAAUCACGGAAAUAGUGUUAGACAAUAAUAAUAAUUUUGUAGUUGAAAAUGGCAUUUUAUAUGAUACAACAAAAACAAUUAUUUAUGCAUAUUUCAAUACACAAUCAACAGAAUUUACUGUUCCUGAUACUGUUGAAACAAUUUCUCCGUUUGCUUUAGCUUACAGUCCAUAUGAAACUAUUACUGUACCAAAGCAUAUCAACAUUAUCAAUGGUCUUUUUGCUUUCUGUCAUAAGCUGAAAGAAGUAACAAUUCAAGCUAAAAUUAACAGAUUAGGAGAUUAUACUUUCUCUCAUUGUUACAAUCUUGAAACAAUUAAUUUUGCAGAAGGAUCAUCAUUGAUUUCAAUUGGUCAUGAAUGCUUCAUUUGCUGUUACAAAUUAUCUAGUUUACCAUCAAUGGAAAAUGCCAUAUCUCUUGGAAAUUAUUCAUUUGCAUACUGUACUUCAUUAACAUCUAUCAAUAUACCUAAAGUUAGUCUCAUUCCGUCAUUUUGUUUCUGGCAUUCCAACAUUGCACAAUUUACUUUCGCCCCAACACUGUCAAUUGUCAAAGAUAAUGCUUUUAAUUCAACUAAAAUCCAAAGUUUUAGUUGUCCAGAAACAUUAGUUUAUAUUGGAGUUGGAGCAUUUGCAAACUGUAUAAAACUUACAUCAUUCACGUACAAUGAAAACAAUAAAAUAACAGCAAUUCUUCAAGGAGUGUGGUAG